AUUUGACUCUACUUUGACAGAAUUGACACAGCUGAUUACAAUGUUUUGCGUUUUUUUUUUUAAACUUUCACUGGGAGUUGAAUCAGUAACCUACUCCUAAAUUUACUGGAGCGUUUCAUGUGUGUAUAUAUAAAUAAGUGUAUCUUACGUUUACUUAUCGCACCUCUGCACGAAUGUGUUAUUACGUAAGAAGUUACGUCGCUCUCACCUGCGUGUGUCGAGUCCUCGCACGCCGCCAGGUUGGAGUCGUCCUUAGGCUCCGCCCCUUCCCAGUGCACCUCUGCUGAGUCCGGCAGCCUCAGUGCGCCUCCACACUCACACUCUGCCACCACAGCGCCGGGACGCGCUAUUUUUUUUUUCCCUCCCCAACAUGAGCACUGCGGCCUCUGAGAAUGUCUUCCUGUCCGCUUUACAGCCCAACAACUCGGUCACCACCUACGGCCUCCCGUCUGAAAUCCACCUCGGGAGUGGCAACUCUACCGCGGACGAGGUGUCGAGGGUUCGCCGAGUCCAGCAGCAGGUUCAGAUGCGGCUGGCCGAGAAGUCCACGCUUCCGCGUCACAAUGGCUCCGCGUCCUCCUCCGCCAUGUCAGACUACGGUGGGUCUUCCACGAUGAAAUACCAGACGUACAAUCCCGGUUACAGCUCCAAGUCGUCCUACAUGUUCUCGGGCUCCAGGACUAUGACACCGCAGAUAUCACAGAGGUCUGGCUUUAGCUCUCUCUCAGCCGGCCCAGACAUGGCUCAGUACAACAGGAUCAGCGUUGGCGGCGGAGGAGUCGGAGUCGGAGGCGGCGGAGGUUAUUACCGUGAAGAUGUCCACAUGGGCACUUAUCAAGGGAAUCGGCACCAGUCCCGCAUGGAACCGGAAAUUGUCUCCUUGCACGCCAUGAGGCAGCAGACCAUGCCGGCAAAUGCCUGGAUGUUGGACGGCAGUGACGGCGCCAGCAUGGUCUCCGACCGUGAUGCCACUUUCAACCGCCAGUACGUGCAAACCAAUGGCUAUUCCACUCAGAUGAGGCAAGGGGCAGGCUCCAUGACCUUACCGGUGUCCAUGCGUCGAUCCCACAGCGGCACCAUCCCACGUGGUGCUGACAUGGACAUGGGGAUGGUCCAGCAAUGUUCCUACAAAGGUCCGGCUUACCGCACCAUUAGCAGGAUUAACCAGCGAAACCGGAUGAGCAUGGGCUCCAUGUCGGGGACCCUGCAGCGCCAGAUGUCAAGCGCUUCCAGCAUGCUCGGAGGGGGGAUGGACAAAAUUGACUCGGGCUUUAUAGGCCCAGGAAUGUCCUCCGCUUCCCAGGGGAAUUUAGCGAUGCAGCGGCGUCAGAGUACCAUUUCCCGGGCUAUGUCGGUCAAAAGCAUGCAGAGUGUGGGCCGAGGUGUUGACGUCUUCAACGGGCAGAUGGGGAUCGGAAGCAUGGGAAACCUCGCUGGGAUGGAAACUUUGGACAUGGCCAGAGCUGUGCAGUACCUGCGAGAACCGGAUCCUGAUUUGCAGGUCUUGGGUGCAGCUUACAUUCAACACGAGUGCUACAAUGAUAGCGACGCCAAAAAUGAGGUCCGUCAAUCCAAGGGCAUCAGUGAGCUGGUGAAGCUGUUCAACUCUGAGAAUCAGGAAGUGCAGCGCUAUGCCACUGGUGCCACACGCAACCUCAUCUACGAGAACAUGGAGAAUAAGGUGGCCCUGAUCGAGGAGGGUGGCAUCCCCCAGCUGGUGGAGGCUCUCAAGGAGCCCGACGACGAGCUCCAAAAGAACAUCACCGGUAUUUUGUGGAACCUUUCAUCAAAAGACACCCUGAAGGAGAAACUGGCCCGAGAGGCUCUUCCGGAUCUGACCGAUAGGAUCCUCAUCCCACUGUCGGGCAGCGAGGGGUCGGAGGGCAUUAAUCAGUCGGCCUCCGAGGCAGAAAUCUUCUACAACACCACUGGCUGUCUCAGGAAUCUGAGCUCAGUGAAUGAAAAGACCCGUCAGCAGAUGAGACAAACCCACGGGCUGGUGGACUCUUUGGUGAGCUACAUCAAGGCCUCGCUGGAGGAGAAUAAAGCUGAGGACAAGGGGGUGGAGAAUGCUGUGUGUGUUUUAAGGAACCUCUCCUACCAGCUCUACAGCGAGAUGCCGCCAUCGGCUCUGCUUCGCCUGGAGGGGCCGAGCCGAGCCGAGGACUCUGGGAAGAACGAAGCCAUCGGCUGCUUCACUCCUCAGAGCAAGAAGGCCAACAAUAGCAGGAACCAGGACCUGUCCACGUUCACUGAGGUGGCCCGCGCUCCGAAAGGGAUGGAGUGGCUGUGGCACCCGCAGAUCGUGGGGUUGUACAACCGUGUGCUGCAGCAGUGCGAGAUCAACUCAACCACACGGGAGGCGGCUGCAGGAGCGCUGCAGAACAUCACGGCUGGGGACAAGAGGUGGGCAUCAGUGCUGAGCCGCGUUGCCAUGGACCAGGAGCGCAUGGUGCCAGUUCUAUUAGACCUGUUGCGCAGCAACAACGACUUGGAGCUGCGUUCUGUCACAGGCUUCCUCCGAAAUUUGUCGCGCCAUGCCAAGGAUAAAAAUCACAUGGCCACAAAAGUAGUAAACAACCUAGUGACCAAGCUGCCCGCCGACGGCUACCAGAAGGAGCCGUCCAGCGACGUUGUGGUCAACAUCUGCGGAAUUCUCAACAACUUGGUGACGUGCAGCUCGGUCGCCGCAAGAGAUGUGUGCUUCUUCGACGGCCUGCCCAAAUUGGUCGCCAUCAAGAAUACCAACGACUCCAGUUCUGGAAAAAUGAGAGCAGCCAAAGCAGCCGCCACAGUGCUCAGCAACAUGUUCCAGUACAAGAAACUCCACAAGGAUUACAAAAAUAAAGGCUUCACAAGACCAGACUUUGCAGACACGACCAUCUAAAAUGGAAGGUAGCAUUACGCAGAAGUUUGCUUCUUCUGUGACCAGUGGAAGUCUACUGGCGUCGAGGGACCAAAUCGGGCUUUUUGCUAUUCCGAGAUAACCCAAGCUCAUUUUUCAUCUGCCAGAAAGUUUGUGAUAGGAACACUUUGUGGACAUUGGAGAGGAAGUCAAGCAUGUAGCACUAUUGCUUGCCAAAUGUGAGCACUAUAAUCUAGUGUUGGAGUGUGGCUUCAGAGAUGUAUUUUAUAAAAGCAGAUGUAAAAACUAUGUGAAACUAUAGAUUAUGAUUCAGUGAUAUUCUAACUAAUGUCGUACUGUGGUACCUCUACUUACGAAAUUCAUUGGUUCCGGAAGUCGUUUCGUAACGUGAAUCUUUACGUAAGUAGGAGCGCUUUUUAAAUAUAAAUAGACUAAUCCGUUCCAAGCCCCCUGACCGCCAAAAAAAUAAGCAUUCAAAGUAUAUCAUGUAAAGAAUAAUAAAAAUUGUGUUCCUUUACAUUUGGUGUAGGCCGACUUAACUAUGCGAAUAGAAGCGUGACGGAGAAGUGAAAGGCAUUGUGGGGGACAGAAGAGGAGGAGGCAAACGUUUUAUAGCCAAGAGAGAACAUACUUACAAAUGUACGCACGCACACAACUUAAUCACACUAAAGUUUCUUGGGGCCUAUGUUGAAGAAAGAUGAAUGCAACAAACACAAAUGAAAAAACAAAAAGUUGCACUUUACCAUUGUACAGUAACGUGUGAUUCAGGUGAUGCCUGAGUGUCAAGGAGAAAUGAAAAGCAUCAUAGGUAGAGAUUGAGGUCCCUCCUAGCCAAUAAACGGCCAGGAGCUGCUACGGCGAUAGCCAAUGGGAGAGCAGCUCUAUCACGCCACUUUCAAACCAAGAUAUAGAAUGUUUACGUUGGGUAGAAUUUGGGGGCUGAAAAUCCAGCGCCUAUUUUUGCCUUUCGUAUCCUGAAUUUUCUUUCGCAACUAGAGGCAAUAUUUUUCCAAAGUAGCGUUUCGUAACCUGAUUUUUUUGCAACCAGAGACGUUCCUAAGUAGACGUACCACUGUACUUAUAUUUGUACAUACUGCUGAACGUUUUACUUAAUCACAUUUUAUACACUGUAAUCAAGGACUGCUAAUGAAUGCGUAUGAAUGAGUGAAAAUAUAUUGCAAUUGAAUACUCCAGCGAUGAAUUGUUUAUACUUUUGCUUAAGAAAGGUUGGGAUUUUGGUGUGCCUCUAAACCUGUCAUGUAUUCUACAAAUGUAUGUAAUCUGUGAUGCUGUCUGUGGCUUUUGCAAUUUUUAAAAAGGUUGGAAUGGUAAUAAAGUGUGCGUGUGUGCAUAUGUGAUUGAGAAACCAUGCAUGUCCUGAAAGAAUGCAGCCCUAACAAGUUUUCAUGUGUUUGUUUAGUCUUAAAGGUUUUUAUUUUUGUAAAUGUUCCACCUCAUAGUUUGACACCUGUCAAGAUCUGGAAUGUAAUUUGUCACUUUGAAAUACCUGUCGUAAAAUGACCUAACAACUAUGGUGAAUGGCAUCUUUUGUAUUUAAAAAAAAAAAAUGGGGGGGAUUUGCUACAUGCACAGCUGUACCAUCUGAUUUAAUAAAGAAACAGAUCUGUCCAAUGAGGUCUAUGUGUAGUUGUGCCUGUUACAGGCUGACAUGUCGACCACUCCCUGUUUACAUAUUUUCUCCUGCUCAGACAGGAAUAAUUCCAGCCCUUCCCUGCUGCACCCUUCUUUAGCAUCCCGUUUCGCCGCGGCUCAUAAUGUAUCCAUGAGCGCAUAAGGAGGCAAAUAACAACCUAUUUUACCUAACUGUGCCAUGAUGUAAACCCCACAUGGCCAAAGGUCACAGUUACGUUGAGGUCAAAUAAUGAAGUGCUGACCUGCAGCAGUGUUGACUUUUGCACUUUGCACUCCAGCCGUUCACAGUUCAACUAUGGAGUACUGCAGUGUAUUUGAGUCUAAUCUGUCAUGAGUCUGCCAUCUGCUGGGCACUCAGAAGCAUCUUUAACCACAGUAAGUCGUGU